AUGAGCUCUUCAAAGACCACACGCAUCACCCCGGAAGAGCAGUUUCAAUUUCUGCUGAGCUGCAUCCGCUACGCCAACAAUGGCAAGAUCGAUUUCGCCACCGUCGCCCAGGAAUGCAACAUUGUCUCCAAAGCUGCAGCAGCUAAACGCUACGAGCGUCUCAUGAAAGCCCACAACAUCAACCCUUCCGGUGGUCCUCUGAGCAGCAACAAGGGCAAUGGAACCGCUGAUGGCGAAGGCGGCGAUGGCGGAGGGCCCUCGGGCACGAAGAAUCGGAAGCGCAAGUCCCCCGCAAAGGCCAACGCAGGCGCCGAUAGUGACGAUGGCUCUCCGGAGAAGAAAAAGGCCAAGGGAAUGAGGAAGAUGGUCCUCGAUAGAGCGGAGACGUUGGUGGAGAAAGCCGAGUCCAUGGCGUUGAUCAAGAAUGAGGUGCAGUCGGGUGACGAGGAGGAGGCCGAGGAACAUGCAGCAGGGGUUGAUGGGGCCAGCUCUUUUGAUCAGAUGUGCGAUGAAAUGGAAGAAGAGAAGCUGGCUAUGAAAGAAGAGGAUGAGAACUGA